UAACAGGGUGCACUCCUUUGCCGGUUACCGUCGACUUAAAUUUUGCUGUUUCCGUAAAUACUGCAUAACUGGAUGCGGUAGCGAUUAUGGAGAUACAGGUGUAGAUUGGACUUUUCUAGCUGUUUAGUCUAAAUAUUUUUGUGAGCUCCGGACUACUGCGAGUUUAACUUCUGCUGUGUUUCUACGGCGGCUGCUCCACAUUUUGUUUUAGUAAGCAAUGUCAGCAAACAUGGAGGACGCAACAAGUCCGGCCAGGUUUUCCAUAGCGGAUUAUGCUGUGUUUGCUGCAUCUCUCCUAGCAUCACUCGGUAUUGGGCUGUACAGCUCUUGUACCGGUGACAAAGCCAAUACUGCAGAUGAUUUUUAUUUCGGAAACCAUCAAAUGAAUGUGGUCGCCGUGGCCUUGUCACUGGCGGCUACUUUUCUAUCCGCGAUAGGGAUUUUAGGCGUUCCCUCGGAAGUCUAUCAUUACGGAAUCGGUUACAUCCUGCUGAUGAUCGGAGAGUUUAUUUGCUCCUCAAUUGCGAUAAUCUUUUUCGUUCCAUUUUUCUACAGGUUGGAAAUGAAAAGUGUAUACGAGUAUUUCGAGCACAGAUUUAACUGGACCUUAAGAAGAUGUGCAUGUCUAAUUUUCAUGAUCAACAUGUUCCUCUACAUGGCACUUGUGCUUUAUGCUCCAGCAUUGGCCUUAAGUCAAGUGUCCGCACUUCCAUUAUGGGCUUCUAUUGUUACUACCGGUCUUAUCUGCACUAUAUACACCGCAAUCGGAGGAAUGAAAGCCGUGGUGUGGACCGACGCUUUUCAAAUGAGCGUUAUGUUGUGUGGAAUUAUGACUAUAUUCAUCCAUGGAUUAGUUAUCAGUGGCGGCCCAACCAAAAUCUAUCAAGAGAAUUUAGCAACCGGAAGACUGAGUGUUAGCUUUGAUCCAGAUCCGUUUCAACGCCAGUCGUUUUGGUCGUUGCUUAUUGGUGGAUUUUUUACCAUCUUACCGUUCGGGAUGAACCAAGCGACUGUCCAAAGAUAUCUUUCAGUACGCUCCAAAAAUGCUGCCCAAAAAGUCAUUGCCAUUCAGUGUCCCACAACGAUUUUCUGGUGGUUGUUGUUAAUUUUCACCGGGGCAACCAUGUACACUUACUAUCAGGGAUGUGACCCCGGAUUAAGCGGGAGAACUGAAAGGAAAGACCAGACCAUGGCGCUGUACGUCUUGGACACUGUCGGUUAUCUGCAAGGAUUGCCAGGACUUUUUACGGCAGUCGUUUAUAGUGCCACAUUAAGUACCGUAUCCUCUGGAGUCAACAGCAUUGUGAUUGUACUUAUGGAAGACUUCAUAAAGCCAUUGAGCCCGUCGUUGGCCAACGCAGAAAGAGCCGUGAUGCGGUGGUCAAAAGGGUUAUCAUUUCUUGUGGGGUUUCUGGCUAUCGGUAUGGCUUUGCUGGCAUCAGUAGUGGGACAAGGUUUAACUCAGUUUUGCAUGAGUAUCGAGGGAAUGUGCGGCGGUCCUUUGCUGGGAUUGUUCUUCUGUGGGAUGAUGCUGCCAUUCUGUAAUUCAAAGGGGGCCACCGUAGGUAUUAUCGCGGGAUUAGCGAUGACCUUUUGGAUUGGAAUCGGUUCCAUAGUGACCACGGCUCCGGAACCGCAUUUGCCGUUAAGUGCCGAUAAGUGCGAUGAAAUGUGGAUGAGAAAUACAACUUUGCUGAGCAACUUAACAACUGCCUUUCCAACGACAACACCGGCACUGCUGUCGGAAGCGUUUAGUUAUUCGGGCACAACGCCAGCACCCGAUCUGAAUAUUUUGAGCUCUACUACAGCGCCGCCUUUAAGUUUCAGCGGCGGGAUCAGUAAAAUGUACAAACUGUCCUUCCAGUACUAUGGUUUUAUCGGAUUUUGGGUUACUAUCAUUGUAGCAUCCAUCGUGAGCCUUGUUACCGGUGGCGAGGAUACCAGCAGGAUUCCAGACAGAUUUUUUCUGUAUAAAGUGUUCAGCGAUCACAGCAAAGACGUCGAGGAGGUCGGCUAUGAGUGGACUGGAAAGAAUAACAAAACGUAUCACUCUCUACCAAUGGAAGAGGAAAAUGGCGCGCAUAGUCAUAAGGGCACUUCUAAAGUGACAACUUUUAAUCUGCCGGAAACGAGCGUCGGACCUAGCAAGGUUUACGCAGAAGACGAAUAAAUCGUAAAGCCCUAAGCAGUUAAAGCCGUUGAUGCUUGAAACAGUACUGUAAAUCCAGACAAGUUGACGGUUGUCAUCACUGUUGGGCAAUCGCUCGUGAUGCGCACAGGUUAUAAAUUACCGAGUACCCAGUCUGUGUAUGUCUCGCCGUUCAUCACUGCAUAUUUAUUACAAGCUUACGUUCCUCACGAGCACGGCGUUUUGGUUUCUUCAUGCUCAAGUUGUUUCCUGCGGAUGCCGUAGUUGUGGUCUGUUGCGGAACUGCGAAAAGCUAAGUGUGCAGCACGAAAAAUGUGAAAUAAAUGCGUCACGACUCAUGACUGUAACUGCC